AUGAAUUUUCUUCAUGAUCUUGUGUGCGUACACACGUCAAAUCUGCUCAGCUCUGUUCCAAUUCCAAAAACAUUCGGGGGAAUAUUCCAUCUUGGUUUCAAGGAUAUCAUUGGGCUGACCGUUUUCAGUGCGAUAACGACAGCUGUAGGCUACUCUGUUUACACCACAUGUUUGUUGCAUUUGGGAAAGAAGAAGUCCUUAGUGAAUUUGGAUAUCAACAAACAUGUGAACAAAUGUGUUGAUAUAGUGGACAUUGAGUCAAUAACGGACAAAAAGUGCUUCUGUCGUUGCUGGCGUUCCUCCAAGUUCCCCUAUUGCGAUGGAUCCCACUGCAAACACAACGAGGAAACCGGAGAUAAUGUCGGACCUUUGAUAAUCGAACCGAAGAAAACGAAUUAG